UUAAGAAGGAAUCCAUCCAUGGCUUUAACCAGCCGAUGCCGGCUCCGAGGUCGCAAGAUCCCCAUGGAAACGGAGUGCGGGAAAAUACUGUCGUCCCGCUCGGACAGCGGGAGUGGGGAGGACUCGCUGGACCGGCUCCUGCCCCCCGCCGGGGCCCCUCGCAGGAAGAGCACUACCUCACUGAGCAAAACGGAGCCUCCCCUGCUCCGCACAGGCACACGCACCAUCUACACCGCUGGCCGACCUCCCUGGUAUGACGAGCACGGAGCGCAGUCAAAAGAGGCCUUUGUCAUCGGGUUGUGUGGGGGCAGCGCCUCAGGGAAGACCACCGUGGCCAAUAAGAUCAUCGAGGCUUUGGAUGUGCCGUGGGUUGUGCUGUUGUCUAUGGAUUCUUUCUACAAGGUUUUAUCUCCAGAGGAGCAGACCUUGGCAGCGAGUAACGACUACAACUUUGACCAUCCGGGGGCAUUUGACUUCGAGCUGCUGGGCGCCACCCUGCGAAAGCUGAAGCAGGGCAAGAGUGUGAAGAUCCCGGUGUACGAUUUCACCACACACAGACGACAGAAAGACUGGAAAAAUGUGUAUGGUGCCAGUGUAAUCAUAUUUGAAGGAAUUAUGUCUUUUGCGGACAAAGAGCUCCUUCAGCUCCUGGAUAUGAAAAUCUUUGUGGACACAGACUCAGACAUUCGGCUGGUUCGCCGGCUCCGCAGGGACAUCACAGAGCGCGGACGGGACAUCGAAGGCGUCAUCAAGCAGUACAACAAGUUUGUGAAGCCGGCUUUCGAGCAGUACAUUGAGCCAACCAUGAGGCUGGCUGAUAUUGUUGUGCCGAGAGGUGGCGGGAACAUGGUGGCCAUUGAUCUGAUAGUCCAGCACGUUCACAGCCAGCUGGAGGAGCGUGAGCUCAGUGUCAGGGCGCUCCUGGCCUCCGCUCAGCAGACCCAGCCGCUGCCUCAGACGCUCAGCGUGUUGGAGAGCACGCCGCAGGUCAGAGGCCUGCACACCAUUAUCAGGAAUAAAGAAACCAGUCGAGAUGAGUUCAUCUUCUACUCAAAGAGAUUAAUGCGGCUUCUCAUAGAACACGCGCUAACAUUUCUGCCAUCUCAGACGUGCGUAGUUCAGACUCCACAGGGUCAUGAGUACGAGGGCCGCAGUUACAACGGGAAGGGGAUCACCGGUGUGUCGGUGCUGCGGGCAGGAGAGACCAUGGAACCCGCCCUGAGGGCUGUGUGCAAGGACGUCCGCAUCGGCAAGAUCCUCAUCCAGACCAACCUUGACUCAGGCGAACCAGAGCUGCAUUACCUGCGUCUCCCCAAAGACAUCAGUGAAGAUCAUGUCAUCCUAAUGGACAGCACAGUCUCCACUGGCGCUGCUGCCAUGAUGGCAGUGCGAGUCCUAUUGGAUCACGAGGUGCAGGAGGAUAAGAUCGUGUUGGUGUCGCUGUUGAUGGCAGAGCUCGGGGUGCACUCUGUGGCCUACGCCUUCCCGAAGGUCAAAAUCAUCACCACUGCCGUGGACAAAAGUCUGGACGAUUUUUUACAUGUAAUUCCUGGUAUCGGUGACUUUGGGGACCGGUACUUUGGGACAGACGGGACCGACAGCUGGAGUGAUGAGGACCAGGAGCAGCCGUCAUACUGACACAAACUUCUGUGAGCUUCUGUAAAAGAAAAUACAGAGUACAAAUACAAAGAAAACACUACUUGAAAACUCUAGUUAUUGUGCAUCUUCUAUUUCAGGCAUAAACCAGCAAAAAAACCCAACAACAUUGUUUUCGUGUACUGUACAUGAAUUUUUGUACUCUCGAGUUGUAUGCAUGAGGGAUGUUUUGUUCUACUUACAACUGAGUGUUCAUAACUAAUAUUUUCAUACAGAAGGGUCACUGAGGUGAAACAGUGCCAUUACCCUUGAGGUACAAUAAUGCAAUAACAAUAUUAUUAUAUUCUAAAUUCCCAUCCUUAGUAACUACGUUUCAAACUCAUUUACUAAAAUGGGUUGCACCAUUAAAACUUAACUAAUUGAUUACGUUACUCAGGUGUAAUUUGGUUGCUAGCAAACAUCUGUAACACCGCCACGAGCCACUGUAGCAUCACAGCUUCCAAUAUACAACUUCCAAGCUAGCUGCUCCGUGAGGCUCUCUGAGUGCUUUGAGCUAAAUGCUAAUGUCAACAUGCUAACAUGCUCACGAUGAUGCUAACAAGCUGAUAUUAAGCAGGUAAUUUGUUAGUAUGUUGAUUCUUAGUUUAGCAUGUUAGCAAGCUACCAUUUUCUAAAUACAGCUGAGGUUCAAGAUCAUGAUCAAAGUUGCUAAAAUUAGUCAAAUUCAGGGGCACAUGAACAUUUGUAACAUCAAUCCAUUAAAAGAAGAAAGUGAGCCACAGGGACAGUCAGAAGAUCCCCAAAGUCAUUAUAAUUCAACCUCUGGGCACCAUAAAUAUCUGUACAAAUGUUCAUGGCAAUCCAAACAAUUAUUGAGAUAUUUUAGUCUGGAGCAAAGUGGUGGAACGGCUGACCGACAAUGUCAUCUGUCGUGCUACUAGCUAAAAAAUAGCAGUUUUAUGGAGGCAAUUGUAUUAAACUUGACUGCCAAUCCUUUGUACGUGUAGGUAUGGCUUUGUUUUAUUUAUAUCUACAUCAUUUGGAUAAAUAUGUGUUUCAGAGUAAACAAACAGCAUUGUGAUGAAGUGUCAGGUCAGAUGUGUCGACCCAAACCCAUGAACUCUUUUGAUCCUCGGUUAACUGUUUGCUGGCAAGCUAACAUCAGUUUAGCUAGCUGUGCUACAGUAACACCUGGCAGUUAGUCUGUGUAAAUAUGUUGUAAUUAAUCUCUACUUAUUAACUAGUUUGUAUGGUGCAGCCCAUUUUAUUUUAGUUACUCAUAAAUCUCUAAUAUCUUUAGUAAACACAUUAUAACAUAGUCCCAGUCUUAUUUAUUAGCCUUACAGUCGAGUCACAGGGCUUAAUAGCAUAAUCUUCUGGAGGUAUUUCCAGAACCAAAGACUUUAACGUCUGUCUGCUGUUGCUAUCAAAACGCUUUUUAACCCGUUUCUAAAGUUGUGAUUGUUUUUACUCUCCAGGUAGGAUCUAGGCUCGGUAAAAAUUUAGGUUCAUGUGCUGAGCAAGAAUAUAUAUAAUUUCUGGGUACCGUAUUUAUUUUAUUGUAUUUUAUUUUUUGGAAAAAGAGACAGAACUCAAGAAGAAUCUUUGAAUUUUCUGGAAAUUCCUUCAGGACAGAAAAAUCUGACUCAUAUCUCUGUGGCUCAAAUGUAAUGCUAAUUCAUGAGAGGCCCAAACUGGGGCUAAUUAUAAUGAGGCUAAGUCUGAGUUUAUGAACAGCUGGUGCAAUAAUAUGCUCUGAUAUAAAUACAUACUUUGUGCCGCUGUAAUAAGACAUUUUUCAUAUGUUAUGUGAUAAACUCACGUCUAGAGUAGAGUACUUUAGAAUUUUUUAUAUUAAAUAUCACAGACGGAAAUUAUUGUUAUUUGCAAGAUAAUCUACAUCUAGGUGUAAGUAUUUAAUAAAUCUUAAAUUCAGGGUAUAAGACAACACCCUGGAGAUUUAAUUCAUAUUUCAGUUCUCACUGCCUCCCUCUACUUCACCUGGAAACUGACAUGUUUUUAUUGUGUGUGUGUGGACUGAUCAACCAGGUGUGGAUCAGACCGUCAGUGCGAGGUCAUGGCCGGUCACAUGCUCACUUUUUCCACUCCUGUGACUCUCAGGGUUCAGAUACAGGCCGCCUGGCUCCCCCUGUGAUUCACUUUCAGACCUGAAGGGGUCAGUAUAGCUCA